AAUGACGGCAACAACGGUUUUAAAGAAAGUUUGUUAUUAAUAUACGAAGGGGAAACGUCUAAGCAAGUUCCGCCAAGAACUUCUCACUGACAGCUCUCACAUCUCAACUGGGAACCCAUUUGGACGUAGUCGACCCUCUGAGGAACAGAGGAAGCAAGAGGUACUUGUGUCUACGAGCCAUCACCUGCCAGCCCCUUUGGAAUCACGACUCCAAGAAAUGCAGCUCUCCCAGGUGUUCAGCGGUCAGCCCGUGAGGGUGAAAUCAGAACCACCUGAUGUAGCAUCAUGCCUACCAGAAGAGGGCCAGGUACAUCAACAGCACUGCAAAGAGUAUCCAUCAGGGGGUGAUGCAUCUGGAGUGACAGCUGGGACGCGUGACAUUAAAGAAGAACCUCGAGAGGAAUCCUCGAAGGAACAUCCGGUUACGGAAGUGAAAACGGAGCCUUACAAUGUUGCAAUCUCGACAGAACAGGACCAAAUGGAACACAACUGUGAUUCAACAUCAGAAGGAGCAAGAGCAAGCACUGGUUUGCUCCACAUAAAGGACCAGCCCAGAGGCAUUUGUGAUCAAGACUCUUCGGAUUGUACUUCUCCAGAGGCACAGUUCAAGAUCAGCACAAUGACUGUUGAACCACAGUUCGACAACGCUCUACCAGGCACUACGAACGGUGGACCCACUGAGCGACUUUCAGACCAGAGCGAGCCAUGUGCACUUGCAUACACAUCGAAAGACAGCCUGAAACAGGACGUAUUUGCACAGUGUCACAGUGAGUCUGAAAUGUGUGCCGUUACUUCUUCACCGAAUGAUCAGAUGGGAGAUGAGAGUCUUACGUACAACAUCUGUCCCCCUGCAUUCGCACCGACUGGGAGUGAUGAAAGCCUCGUGUCAAAGCAUACUAACAAGAAGCCAUGUAAGUCCGAUCUCUGUCCUGGACAGUCCCACCUAAGGAAGAGCCUGCGGUGCCACAAGCAAGCACAGACGGGAGACAAGCCAGACAGGAGUGAUAUCUGCCCCGCGAAGCUCAGCCAAAUCACGCAUCGGCGGCUUCACAAGCUGACACAGACAAGCGAGAAGCUGUACAAGUGCAAUGUGUGCCCUGCGGAGUUCAGUCUGAGAGGGAAACUGCAGCAGCACAAACGGACACACACAGGCGAGAAGCCAUACAAGUGCGAUGUCUGCCCAGCACAGUUUAGGCAGAGCACUAACCUACGGAAGCACAAGCGGAUACACACAGGCGAGAAGCCAUACAAGUGCGAUGUCUGCCCUGCUAAGUUCAGCCAGAGCAGUAACCUAAGGCGACACAAGCGGACACACACGGGCGAGAAGCCGCACAAGUGCUGUGUUUGCCAUGCUAAGUUCAGUGAAAUUGUGACCCUACAGCGUCAUGAACGAACACACACAGGCGAGAAGCCAUACAAGUGUGAUGUCUGUCCUGCUAAGUUCAGCCAGAGCAGUAACCUAAGGCGACACAAGCGGACACACACGGGCGAGAAGCCGCACAAGUGCUGUGUUUGCCAUGCUAAGUUCGGUGAAAUUUCGACCCUACAGCAUCAUGAACGGACACACACAGGAGCACCAGGAAACGAUCUUAUGAAGGUCAUCUUGGAAGGCAAUUUGUUCUGA